AUGACUAAAUCCGAAAACGCCAUGGACAAAAAGGAGAAUUCUAAAAUUGCCACCAUCAAUGAGGCUUUGGAAAAAACUCAUUUUGGCCGUUUCAAUAAACAAAUAAUUAUUUUCUCUGGCGUCAUCUUGAACAAUGUCAUCUUGGAAUCGGUUGGCAUAAGUUUUGCUUUGCCAGUGGUAUCCUGUGAUCUUGAUUUGUCAUAUCAGGAGCAGGGUAUAUUGGGCGCCAUUUGUUUCCUUGGCAUUAUCAUUAGUUCCCAUUUUUGGGGUCUACUGGCCGAUACUUUGGGACGUAAACGUAUUAUGAUGCCAAAUUUGUUUUUGGGAUUUCUUGUAACCCUGAUCUCCAGUUUUUCCGUUAAUUUUACAAUGGUGGUGGUGUUGCGUUUCCUCAACGGUGUUUUCAUUUCUGCCAGUUCGGCCACCAUCUACGCCUAUAUGGGCGAAUUCCACUGUGAAAAACAUCGUAAUCGUGCCGUACUAUAUGGAUCUUUCAUUGCAGCCUUUAGUGCGGUUUUCUUUCCGCUAAUAGCAUGGUUCUUUAUCAAUCAAGAAUGGGAAUUUGUGGUGCCAUUGAUUGGUAUAACCUAUAAACCAUGGCGUUUAUUCUUUGUUAUGAGUGGUGUAUCUGGAUUGGUGUGUGGUAUCAUAUUCCAUUAUUUGCCGGAAAGUCCAAAAUAUUUAUUAACUGCCAAUAGGCAUGAUGAGGCGCUGGAGGUAUUGCGUUAUAUGCAUAAGAAAAAUACAGAGGCCAAUAAAAAAUUGCAAAAUGAAAGUUUUGAGAUCACCACUUUACUACCCGAUUUGGCAGAUAUACCUAAAGUAGUGACAGAAACAAAAACCCCCCAAAAGAAAUCAUUCACCUCAAUUUGUUUGGUAAUCUGGAAUCAAACAGCACCAUUGUUUAUGCGCCAGCAUAUACGCAAAACCUUUUUAUCCUCCGCCAUUCUGUUUACCACCUUCUUUACGGCCCAUGGUGUCUAUAUGUGGUUCCCGUUUAUUCUCAAUAAUGUCAGUUUAUAUGUGGCCAAUUAUGAUGAGCCCAAAAGGCUAUGUGAGAUUAUACGAUUUUCUCAAAGCUCGAAUUUUACCAUAAAUGAACAAUCAGAGAUCUGUGUCACCAAACUGGAAAUUGAUACGUAUAAGCAUACCAUGUCCUUGGAAAUUAUUUAUGUCACUCUUCUGCUUUUGGUUAUUUAUGCCAAUCGUAGAUUUGGACGCAUUCCCAUUUUGUGUAUUGUCCUCACACUUUGUGGAGUCUGCGGUGUUCUCAGCUUAUUAAUUGAUAUUCCCAUGGCAUCGAUAUAUCUAUUUCUCAUCAUGCUCUGUUCCGGUCUGGGCACAAAUGUCAUGAAUGCCAUUGUUGUGGAUAUUUAUCCCACAAGUUUAAGAGCCAUGGCUGUUUGCAUUUCCCUAAUGGUGGGUCGCAUUGGCAGUGUCACCGGCAGUAAUGUUUUAGGUGCUCUCAUCGAAACGCAUUGUGAAGAGGCCCUUUACACUUCAUCAUUUGCUUUGGUGGCAGCUGCCAUUUUGGCUCUACUAAUGCCUAAGGCACCAUUGGAGAAGAAGAAAAACCCAAGCAUCGAAGAAGCUCAUUAG